AUGAUUAAUAAGGCCUUUCCUGUUUCUCAUAUCAUACCCCAGCUUUUAUCUCAAUACCAUAGAGGAAUGAGGGCCACAACAAAUAGCAGUGGAGUGGAAAUUUUGUCUCCGUAUAUUAACAGUGUGAAUUUACCAUACAGUGGUUAUCCUCCUGUCACUAUUUCCGUUUUCCACUGAUCCAUACUUUUUUUCCAAAAGCUUGACCAUAUUCUCUGCUGCUUCAAACAUUUGCAACAUUUGAAUGUGGGAUCAUAUCAAACGGUUUUUUACAGUCCGCCCACGCCAGAAAAGAAGGCAGAAAAUCUGUGAGUCGUAGAAAACGUCUAAGCCUUGAUUGCUGGCGAAACUCUGUCAGCCUCAUCCUUUUUUGAAACAAAAUAUAAAUCAGUUUCUUGUGUUGAUUGAUGCCUCUUGUGUUGUAGAUGAUAUUGAAGUUGUGUUCUACGAGAUUGACCCUUUUACUGGCAGGACGUCAUGGGAAGCUAAGGGGAUCUUUGCUCCUACAGACGUUCAUAGACAGGUGCAGUUUUUUUUGGCAAAAAUAAUAAUUUAAAAUCAAUAUCUAUCCUUAUUGUUAAACCUUGAUAAAACAAAGGACCGACUGAUAUAUCUGUUGUAUCUGGAUUAUUAUAGGUUGCCAUAGUGUUCAAAACACCUGCAUACUGGCAUGUUUCUACGGAAAGUCCUGUUAAGGUUCUUGUUAAACUGAGGCGGAAGUCUGACCAGGAAACCAGUGAACCUGUGGAGUUCACUUAUCAACCACAGAUCAUUGGUAUGUGGCUGACUUUAAGGCAGAGUACUUUUAGUUAAAAACAAAAAGAGCCAAAAUCUUAACUAGCUUGCGAACGCAGACGUAUUUCCCACCAAAAAGACGUCUCCGUUCGCAGGCUAGGUCUCAUCAGAAUCACAAGAAGUGAAUUAAGUUAAAAAUAAAGAGGAAUGGCUUGGAUGGUUUGUAGAAUCAACUAAAGCUGUGGACAUAGAUUUUGCUUUAAAAAAAACACCGGUAAUUAUGUUACAGAAUGUUGUGCAAAUAGUCAAUACCACAGGGAGAGGGUGUUUAUUGAAUCUAAUGUAACGCGCAUGACUGUGUUCAAAAGCCUUCUUUUCAUCAGUUAUUUCAGCCUUACUCUUAUAAUAAGACUUUUCUCUCCUACCAAGGACUUUAUCAUUGCCCAAAAUCGAAGUCUUUAAGAACAAAGAGUACAAAAUUUGAAGAACUUUGGUCUAAUAGCUUCAUUUUGACUUGGUUUAUGAGUAGUUAGUUUGUGUUGCACUGGUCCAUAUGCGAAUUUCUUUGCAAACUACACACAAUGACAGAAAUAAUUUUAUUAAUAAAUGGGAAAAUUUGAUUUCAUUUUAGCGAGAUGUUUUUAUAAAUUCUUGUUCUUAGAAAGAGAGCCGUUUUAUGCAGAAAGGCGGAAGAAGAUGCCUCGUUUCUCAGACUAUUUUCAAGGGGGAAUGGGAAGCCCACCCAAUGUAAGUGGCCCAGGUGGAGGAAGUUUUGGUGGUCUUGCUGGGCACCGCUUCCGUCCAGAGUACCGUACAAUGGAAUUACAGCCGCCCACUAAUGAGGGUGAGUUUAACAGACAUUAUCAUGCAGAUUUACUUUUAUGUGAACUAUGAAAUCUAUGGUCCUUUUAACGUAGAUUGUUGCCUGAUGCAUAGUUCUGUUCACGCUGGUUUGAUGAUUCUUUUCAAACAUGUGACUUUAGUUUUUUCUUAUAAAGUUGCUUCAGCUGUAAUUCGUUUGUCAAAUACCUCUUUGUAAUUGUUCGUUGCUUGUUUAGUUUGUUGUGAAGAAGAUAAUAGAAAAGCGAUUUGUUUUGAUGGAAGAUCUUGCUGACUUGGUCGGAUUAGAUCAAACUUAAAGUUUAGCCCAUUGCCUAGUGUCAAACCAAGAUGGGCUGGUACUAGUCUGUGUUUUAUGGGGUAAACAAUAUGAGACCCACAAGGUCAGAGAGAGGCUGAAGUUUGGUGUUCGGGCCAGUAGUGGACAAAAUACAGAUACCCAAGAACUUGAAAAUUUACUAGCAGAUGUGUGGAUUGCCGGACACACUGUCUGAAUGUCCGUAUUUUUUGGAGUUUUUGAAUGGUUGUAUCUCGCUAAAUAUACGCCCGCGAUAGACACCAAACUCGAGGAUUUUGUUAAUCUUGGUUUCCUAUUUCUAAACUUGUGGGUCUCGUGUUGUUUGCCCCAUUAUACACGGACUCGUUCUUGAAAUUAGGCACUGAAUUAAGGUUGCUCGAUCGAGUAUUUUUGUAGAUAUACCUUCCAUCUUGAAUCUCUUAAACUUAAACAAAUUUAUCUUUAUUGUAAAACCAUCUCUGUUUUCCUGAAAGUAGCCUUUCAAAAUUACAAAAAGAACUCGGCAUUGCGUUUUACCCUGAUUUACAAGUUAUCGUGUUUUUCGAAACCGCGCAAGUCUUCUUGAAUUUAGCUGGUUGUAGAGUGUAUGAGGGUCAUUUACAAAACGAAUGAGUGAUAAAAACUUUUCAGAAACAUCCAAAAAGUAACAAAUUUGUCCGCAUCAAGUCCAGUCUUCAGUUCAUGCGUAAUUUAUGCCCUUUUUGUAGAAAUUGCAAGAUAUCUCAAAAUUCCUCAUAGAGAUUUUUGUGAAACUUCGCACAAAAGAAGACAAGCACCCAAAGUAUAGGUAGCGUCGGGCAUUUCUAAAAAAAGGCCGAUAAGGGCUGCAGUUCGAUUAAGAGCUAAAACUAUUGUGACGUCGUUGUCAAUUGACAUUUAUUCUGAUCGCCCCCCAAAAAUAUCAUAGUAAAGUUUAGUCUAUGUGUAAUACAUGAGUUAUAAUGGUUUUGCAAUAAAGAUAAAUUUAUUUAAGUCUAAGAGAUUCAAAGAUAGAAGGUGUACCUACAAGAAUACUGGGUCGAGCCACCUUAAGGUAUUCGGACUGUAGCGGAAGUGAAAAAGUAGGGGCAAGGACUGGAAUGCACUGAGAUGGAAGUAACUGUACUUGGACGGUGACCUGAACGCGGAUUUCUUAGCCAAGAGAGCAUCCACCCCCGAAUGUAAACAACUAAAAGCUCUUAAGACCUUGCAAUUUAAACAACUUAUCAAUGAGCCUACUCAAAUUGCUUCCAACGCCGUUACCGUGAUAGAUUCAAUAGCAACAAACAGUGAUUCGGGUGUUAUAAGUGCCAGUCUUAGUGAUCAUGAGAUGAUUUAUUGCGUCCAAAAACUGAACUGGAAAAAGGCGCCAGCUCAAAUGAAAGCAUUUAGGAACUAUGUGAAUUACUAUCCUGUAAAGCUUUGUGAAGACCGCAAAGGGAUUGAUUUAAUUCAUAGUUCGCACAGGCCUUGAAAAGUCUUCACUUCAAGUUAUUGGGAGAAAGAAGUCCUUGAAAAAAUGAUUUUAGUCCUUGAAAAGUGCUUAAUUUUUUCCCAAAAACGCCUGUGUGAACCAUGUAAGCCCUACGCACGAAGCAUCCGUCCCUAACGGAGACCAUGAGAGUGUAAGUGUUAAUUAUCUCUGGGAUUUUUUUUCCAAAACGCUUUUGUCUCCAUUGCUAAUCGGCACACGCCCGUCAUGCAUAAACGCGUGCGUGGAUGAGACAAUUGUCCAUGGUUAAACAGUGAUAUAAAGCGCGAUAUGAGGUAACGUAAUGAAAACAAGCAAAACACGCCUUUCAGAGAACUGGACAAAAGACUGCUACUUCAGAAAUUGCGUCACUGGUAAGAUUAUAAAAGCUAAAGAAGCGUAUAACAGGCGCGGCGUUAUCGAGGAGGAUGGUCAUGACAGUAAUGCUUUCUGGGGAACAGUGAAAAAACUUUUGCCUGGUGAUAACAAUGAACCUUUCAAUCUUUCCAGUGACAAGCGUUCAAUUGGUAAUGCAUUUAAUAAGUACUUCACAAACGCUGUAAUUAGCCUUGUAGACUCCCUUAGGAGUCCUGUGGCUUCAGCGUGCAGUAGUUUAGCCUGUAGAAGCUCUAGCCUACCUGUGACGCGUCGUCACCCUGUAUUUCAGUUUACUGACGUGACCGAAAGUUUCGUACUGAAACAGCUUAAAGGGCUAAAGACCAAAAAAGCUGUUACCCGGGACGAUAUUUCAUCGCGUCUUCUUAAAGACAGUGCUGCUGUUAUCGUGAGGCCUCUUACAGCGAUCAUUAAUGCUUCUCAAGUAAAGUUGCACAUGCUUGGAAAGCAGCACAUGUGUUUCCCUUAAACUGCUGGAGAGGGCUGUCCAUGUGCUACUAAAUGAUUACUUACUGGAGCAUAACAUCUUGAGCCCAUAUCAGUGUGGUGUCAGGAAACAGCAUCCUACGAAAUUUGCGGCUUUAUCUUUAGCGGAUACAAUAAGACGUAAUAUUAAUCAAGGUCAAAUGACUGGAGCUGUUUUUAUAAACUUCCGCAAGGCUUUUGACAUCGUGAACCAUUCCCAGCUAUUAAAGAAUAUUUAUGCCCUGCGCAUUGUAGAUCAAGAAUACGAGUGGUUUACUAUAUAUCUGAGUAAUAGAACUCAGGUUGUUGGGUUUCAGGGAUCUGUCUGAGACUCUGAAUCUAUUUGUGUUGGUGUGCCCCAAGGAUCGAUCAUCGGACCUCUUCUAUUUGUUGUGCUUCAUGUGAACGAUUUACACACUAUUGCCCGCAAGUGUAGUAUGCUAAUGUAUGCUGAUGACACUGUCUUAUUCUAUUCUGGAAGGUUGCUGCUACAAUAAUCGAGAAAAGUGUCAAUGAAGAUCUUGAUCUAAUUGGAUCAUGUCUCUAUGAUAACAGCCUUUUCUUAAGUGCAGUUAAGACCGAGGCUAUGUUGUCUGGAACUCACGCUAGGCUUUCUGAUGCAGAUUUUAGUGUAACGUUCAAGGGCCGACCCAUUAAUCGUGUUUUUGAAUUUAAGUAUUUAGGAGUUGUAUUUGAUGAACAUUUUUCUUGGAAUUCUCAUUUUAAGUAUGUAUUAUCCCGAGCUGGUAAACGACGGGGAAUGCUUGCACGCAUAAGGUGGAAUCUUACAUCAGGCUGUGUUUAUUCCAUUUACACAGCUUAUAUUCGUCCCAUUGUGACACCGUGUGGAAUUGUUGCAGUGUUGGCAACAUUUCUUCUAGAGAGGCUUCAAAGACGUAACGCUAAAAUUGUUUUCAACAUGAGCGACGUUGACAAAGCUUUAGGUUAUCUUAACUAGCCAUCUCUGGUAAAUAGACGAGAGAACCAUGUUAAUGAACUCGUUAACAGAGGCUUUAAAGGACAAUGCUCGCAAUUCUUUAAGAACUAUUUCAGUUUUAACAGUUCCGCACACAAUCGCACUACUAGGCAAAUGAACAGGUUGCCCUAGACAUAGACAUAGGACAUAGGACAAAGGAUGUAAAAAUAUAUAAAAUACAGAAUAAGAAUAAAAGAAUUGACACAUUUGUAAUUUAUAAUGAGCAUAAAAGGCAUUUACAAUUUUCGUCGAGGGAAAGUUUUUAAUUUGGAUAAACGUUUUUUAAAAGUCGCGAGAUCCCGGGCUGAUGAACUUCUGCUGGCAAAUUGUUUCAGAUGCGUCUUGCUCAUGCGCAUUGCUUCCUACCUCUAUAUAAAAAUGGCGCCUCAGGGCUGGCCCUUUUCAUGUAAUACCGGGUCGGGAUAAAAGUUACCUCGGCAGAGCUAACCAGCCCAGCUUAUGUAAUCAGGCCCUCGCCGUGAGUUAUAUUGUCACGCAGAUUGCACGUGAAAGCUUUCGUGGUUCGUGUACGAGAGAAUACGACUUAAUCUAAUUAACCCAAGGAUUUUAAAAAUCUGUCAUGAACGCAGUUUGCACGUGAAGAUGUUGGACUCUGUCCCUUGUACGGUUCGAACGUGAAAGAUUGCAACUUGUUUGCGAGAUCAUUUUGCUCAAAAAGAUUUUGAGAAAUGACAUCCUUUCCAAAAAUCUGCAAUGAAAUUAUACAUCAUUCAAUAUUACCCUUAUUGAACUCUCAUGCACGACCACUGAGUUUUGCGUGACAUCUUCUUUGGCUCUCGAAAAAUGAGGGCAAAACUAUUGUCAAACUCUCGGCAAUAAGCCAAACCCGUCAAUUCCAAUUAUUUCGACAGAUUUACCUUCAAAUUUCUUAAAAAUCGUUCUCUUAGAGGAAAUGUCCUUACUGGCAAUGAAUAGUCUGUAUGGUCCGGAGGAAAAACAUUCAAGCCGUGUGCUGCGCGGACAAUUAUUUUCCAAAGGAAUAAUUUAAAUUAUUUCAUAGUUCGUUUCACUCAGUGUUCCUUGUUUUUUCAAUACGUUUGAUUUCUUUUGCCAAUUUGUUUGCUGAGCGUUAUCUGUGGGAUUUAUGUCACGAGGAUAAAUGCUGUGUCGUGAUACAUCGCGCGGCAGGCAUUCUGGUCGCGUCGCUUGGCUUGUUUACGUUCGCACGUAUUGCGUGCCUAUUGCAACUUUGAAUCAAAACAAGCGAUCUCAAUUACUCUAUUUGGGCGACGCCCAAAUAACAAGUCUUCAACCUUUUUUUUAAAACAGUGUUGUGUGAAAAAGAUUCUGCUCACGCGUGGCAGAAACACAUUAAUACGUUAUAUCGAAUCAAUGGCAAAAAAGCUUUCAGCACCACAGUUGUGUUGUCACUGUGGCGAAGGUUUCAGUGAAGGAUUGCAGGACGACUUUAAAACAAAAAAAGUAAUAUAGAUAUUUCCCGUGUGUGGAAUUACUGAAAAUGUGAAGCUGAUCUAAUGGCAGUGCAGAGAAACUUGUAUUUAAAAGAGACUAGUUAAUGUGUCCAUGGAAAGACAACCAGAUACUUCUUAAAGUCUGUCUAUUCAAAAUCAAGUAUUAUGUAGUGUUAAUUAUUAUUUAAUCUAUUGCUGUUACAGCCAUGACUGCCUCACCAAGACCACCCAAGAACACGGAAGGAAGGAAGGUUCAAUCUUUUUUCUCUUUCUUUUUAUGAAGAGCUGUAUUUUUUAUUUGAGUAUUUUAUGUAGCGGCCCAUUGAAGUGACUUUUAUGACGAUAUUGGGCAUUUGUAUGAAUUACAAUACCCGUAUUGUAGUGUCGUUGACAUAAAAAUUUUUUAAGAAUGCAACUAGAAAUUAAUUUUCCCAAUUCAUAACUUGCAGCAUUCACAGGAAACCCUGUUGUAAUAGCCGUACGAAAAGUGUGCUUCUAAAAAUAGCAUCUUGAGUGUCAUCUGUCUUUUGAUGGACGUGUCUCUUACCUAGGCACGAUUUUCGUCGCUCUCUUGGUCCUCCCCGAGAAGGAGGCGGAGGGGAGGAGUGCGGGCUCAUUUCCCGAACAGAGCCUGCUAAUCGAUCCUAGUAUCGUGUCUCAAUAUGAAGAGAUAACAGUGCACAUAAUUUUUAAAUUAACAUUGAAGCAAAUCAAAUAAGAGUAGACGUGCAACACAAAUAAUGCUUAACCCAUUAUGUCUCUAGGUCUCGGGUUCCCUGAUGCCUCGUUGUUAUUUUCUUCCUUUUUGCAGGCUUGCUAUCCUGAGACCACUAGAAAAACCACACUACAAAAUCAGGAAACCGGAAGGAGUGCCGUAUCUUCUACCAUGACAGUCCUAGACAUUACUCUCCUUGGUGAUGAGUGGGCAUCAUCAGCUGGGGGGCUCUCAACGUUAAACAGAGAGCUCGCGAUUCAUCUUUCAGAGAAUCCAGAAGUGAGAGUUUCUUUGCUAGUACCUGAAGGAGCUUGCACGUGGCAAGAAAAUCAAGAAGCUGAUAGCUAUAACAUCAGUAUUGUUGAGGCGAAGGCACUUGCCGCAUUUGAUCGUCUUGAUUGGUUGUGCUUUCCACCCAAGGACCACGUCAUGGACGUCGUUGUUGGUCAUGGCGUUAAGCUUGGCCGGCAAGGACAAGUCAUGAGAAACUCUUAUCAAUUUCCAAAUUCUAAGUGGGUACAAGUGGUACAUACUGCUCCAGAGGACCUUAGCAAGUACAAGCGCUACACUGAUUCCAUUUCGAGAGGGGAAGCAAAGCAUCAGGAAGAAGUCCAACUUUGCAAACUUGCUGAUCUGGUGGUACCUGUAGGACCUAGACUGGAAGAAGCGUACUCUUCUUAUUUAAAGCGAUUUAAGGCAGAUCAAAAGGUCUCUCCAUUUACUCCAGGUCUUUUUUACAGGGAGUUCGGGGAUCUAACGCAAUCUUUUCAUGAUCAUGCCGAAUUUAAAGUGCUGUUAUUUGGUCGUGGUGACGAUGAGGACUUUGAACUAAAAGGAUACAACAUUGCUGCCCAAGCAUUUAGUGAUCAGCGGCUAAAAAACGAGUCCUAUCAUCUAAUCUUUGUUGGAGCACCUGAAGGAAAACAAGAAGAGGUUAGAGAGAAGUUUAUUCAGCGUGGCGUUGCAGAAGCACAGCUGACUGUUAGGCAAUUUAUACGAUGUAGAGAAAGAAUAAAGGAUUGGCUGUGUGAAGCUGACCUUGCCAUCAUGCCUUCAAAAUCAGAAGGAUUUGGCCUUGUUGCCCUCGAGGCCUUGUCUGCAGGCCUACCUAUUCUUGUUGGAAGCAGGUCAGGGUUUGCCAAAGCAUUAGAAAGUGUUCCUCAUGGUUAUACAUGCAUCGUGUCUUCAGAUGAUCCUGUAAAGUGGGCUGAAGCGAUUAAAGCUGUUCGUACCAGGUAUGCAAUGCGGCUUGAAGAGAUGAAGGUAUUGAAAGAAUCUUAUGGAAAAGUAUACAGCUGGCGUGAACAAUGUAAUGCUCUUGUGAAGAGAAUGUGGACAAUGGUCCAUGGUUAA